UUCAUUAGGACGUCGGUACGUCGCAAGAUCAGCACGAAGAUUUGCAUAAAUAGCCCAUUGAGGCCCCCGCUGGUUUACAUCUUUUCCCCACCGCACUCGCGUUCAUCAUUGUCUUUCAUUGUCCUAAUUAACGCAUCCUUUAUUUAUCUCGUAAAGGAUCCCCUGCUAAUUAAUUCCUUUGGUAUAGUGUCGCAGAAUCUUUCCCUUUCACGUCUCCGGAUUCCCCGAAGAAUUACUGCCUUUAACUGAACCUGCUUGACCAACAACCCUCACGACUUGCAUCUCUCCUAAGUACACAAAGUACUAUUCUCCCUCAACCUACUACCGCAGCAUCAAUGGAGCAAUCAACAACAACCACGACGUACGAAGACGUUAAGAAGCCUGAAGAAGACCAGGAAAUCUCUGGCCAGCCCGUGUCCGCCAGUCGGAUGGGUCAUCGUAUUGUCAAAGAUGACCAUGUCCAUCAACAUCAGACAUACACAGUUUGGCUUGUUCCCCAACGCACCAGUGAAUUGGAGGAGCGGUGCCGUAGACUUGUUACGUGGAGUGAAAACCACCGUAACGAUUUUGAGAAUUUGAGAAUCCCAACUGCUCCUCACAUCACAUUGGCGACUGACAUUCAUGUGAAGGAAGGCCAAACACCUCUCAGUAUCCUUGAGUCUAUCGUCGACGGUUUUAAGGGACCAGUGGAGGUGAAGACCGGAAAGCUCUGUAUCGGUGACUCUUAUUACAAGCGUGUCCAUCUCGAGGUGAAGAAGACGCCCACGUUGUGUGAGUUGGCUAAACGUGCAAAUGCCGUUUCUGACAGCGUUGAUCCCGAUUACACUGAGUCGUAUAAACCGUACAUGCCUUUGCUGUACGCCGACAAUGUCCUUGCCGACUACAGUACAUCUGCAGCUGUAUCGUCAUUUAGCGGCGAGCCCUUCGUUUGGGGCGACGUCGCUUUUAUAGAGCUUGUUCGUGUCAGCAAACACACACAUCUCGGCAAGAUUGCUGGAAGUUUGCUUGUCGAGAACGCCUAAAGCGUUUUGUUUUCCUCGUGACUUCCACCCGGCUUCAAUACAUAAACGGUGAUGCCUGCUUGUAGAAGCGGCCGUUUUUUUAUGUCCUAAGUUGCGACGUUUUUUCCCGUAGUUUCGUCUUGUGACACUUGUUUUAUGCACUAACAGGUGUUUCUUUGCUUUAAACUUAAUAUAGAACGUCAAUAUUUUUCAUGUGUUUU